UCAGUAAUGAUGUUUUUAUUAUUAUAUCUGAUAACGGUCAAUCAAAAAACUCAAUCGAGAUGUUUAUCUCCGCGUUCUAUUGAGGUGAUAACGUAUAAAAUUAAACAUUCGUAGUUCGUCAAUCGCAUACAGCACACCAAAAUGGCAGUAAUAUACAGUUUGCUCGCGUUGUCUCUGCUGGCUUUGGCAAACGCCCAACUGCAAGUUGUCAACGGGAAAAUUAAAAUUACAACUGUCACGACUGCAGGAUGUGGAGACACUGUAAAUUUUAUCACCAAUCAGCUAGAAGAUGCCUAUGAAGAAUACAAGGAGUUUUUAGACAUCGAGUUCGUGCCGUGGGGAAGAACAGUCCAGAACGCAGACGGUACUCAGACCUGCCAAUUUGGGCCGAACGAUUGCUUUGCCAACCGUCUCCACCGCUGCGUGCUUGACCAGCUGAAAGACAACCAGCAGGCUCAGAUGGACUACAUGCAUUGUGAGUUCUCGCCGCCACGUCCCGCAUAUUUGCAGAGGAGUUACGCGUGCGCUGCGGCUGCCGGUUUGAAUCUGGUAACAAUUGACGUUUGUGUGGCAACGCCUGUAGGACAGCCUCUUGAUGCCGCCGCUCAAGCAGCAGCAGCCGAGCCCAUGACCAUCAUCAACUUCGUGCCCUCCAUCGUGUUCAACGACCAGAUUGACGUGAGUCUCCACACAGAAGCCCGCACCCGGCUGAAGAGCAUGAUCUGCUUCGCACUCGCUGAGUUGCCAGAGUCUGGCGUCACCAACUGCCAGAUUUAAUCAAUUCACACAUAAAACUCAACUCUUUAGAUAACAACGAAAUAAUUGAAGCUUAGCCUUCCAUCCCUGUAAAAGUUUUAUCUAGCUUGGCCUCGGCGCUGAAGAUUUUGGAAUUUUCGAGACAUCCCAAGUUUCGGCUUGUAAUCGACGAACUUGUGCAAUUGGACAACCGGCGGAGAAAUCCGGCUAAUAGCUAACUUUCACCAAAUGUGAAUCCCUUUAUUGUUAUUAAAUUUUGUUAUCUUUUAAA